GUCACGAGUGAAGAUGCCCUCUUUUUAAAGAAGUUCCCAUGUUGUGGGGUCUUUAAGUGCACUGGAUACAUGACAGGCUUGGUACAAACACAGCAAGAGUCAAGACAGACAUGGAGCAGGGAGGAGUGGUGGCGGAGCCAGCACCACAGACCAAGGUGCAGGACUUGACGGGUCAGAUAAAUGGAGUCAUAGACACAAUGAAGAGGAAUAUGGGACUCCUUUUGGAACGGAAAGUAAACGACCUCCUUGAAAAGUCAAAGGAAAUGGAGGAUGGGGCUAAACAGUUCAAGCAGAUGUCUCAGAAAGUCGAUCGCUUCUACUGGUGCAAAAACGUCAAGAUGAUCGUGGUCAUAGUGGUGGUCGUCCUCAUCAUCGUCCUCAUCAUCAUCCUGCUGGCCACCGGAGUCAUCCCUGUCAGUGCACCUGUGCCUCCUGUGGUCACUCCCACCUCCAAGCCCUAAACACACAAAUAUACACACAAUGUACUUACAGACUCAAUCAAAUCAAAGACAAAUGUAUUCCUAUUGCACUGUACACAAAGUAUCACUCACCACACAAUUAAAGGACUGGUCCAUAAUUGCAACUGCAAAAUACAGUGGUUAAUAGAAAUUACAGUUUAUAGCCGGCAUUAUUUUCUAAAAAUGUGAUUUCAAUAAAAGACAUGCUGGGUGCCUAUACCUGGACUGAUAUGUAAGUACAAGGAAGGAAGAGAAGAGGCUUUGGGCAAAGUUUUUAGACAGGGCUUGAAAUGAAUUACUCUUUAAAUAUUUUUUGAAUUAGUGAAUAGCUAAUAAUUCCAGGGCACAGUAUAUAACCUCUAUUUGUUCAGGUAGUCUCACUGACAACAACAAGUCACUGGGUCAAUGUUGUUACUGGGUAAAAGGAGAGGAAAAUGCAGAACACUGAAGAGCAAGAGUACCAAUGUUGUAAUGAAAUGAGUUAUGUCAUGUUUUACUGCACUUUGAAAUUAUGGCUUACUGAAAAAUGCACUUAACUGAAUAAAUAUAUCA